AUGACCUUCUCCACCCCCCCUACAACUCCCACCCUCAUCAGUAUCGGCACGCACUCCCUCGCUCUCUACACCCACGGCCCUGAACCCUCCAACCCCCAAGCCCCUAUCAUCCUAUUCAUCUCCGGGAUCGCCAGCAGUAGCCUUAAUUGGGCGGCCGUAAUACGGCUACUCUCCCCCUCACUACGCAGCUACACCUACGACCGCGCCGGCUACGGACGCUCUGAGCUCUCUCCUCUCGCGCCCACCGCCGAGACCAUCGCUCUCGAGCUCUCUCUUCUGAUCAAACACACACCCCUUUCGAACCCUCUAAUCAUUGUUGGGCAUUCCUGGGCCGGCGUGCUCAUACACGAAUUCAUCGCGCUUACUGGGAACGGCCCGCAUAUUUCUGGUCUUGUAUUCGUCGAUGCUAAUCACGAGAAUGCGCUAGAGGUGCUCAAUCCAAAUAAUGUGAAUCUCGCCGCGAUGUCUGUGGGUCUCGACGCAUAUGUUGCGUAUGGUAUUGAAGCAGAGCAUAAAUUGACGGCAGAGGAGUGGGAUGCAUUUAUGAGUGAUGAAGCGACGGGGAAACACAAGCAGCAGGAACAGAAGGAGGAGAGUGAGUACGCACCGAGUUUUGAGACGUUGCGGAAGAAGGAGUUGGGGAUGAGACAGCCGCUGCUGGAGGGGAAACCGGUUCAUGUGAUUGGAGGGAUGCGCAGUAGGGAUUGGAGUGGGUUGUAUAGGGCGGGUGUGGAGAGGGGGAAUGGAAGUGAGGAGCAGCGGAGAUGUGUUAGACAGUUGAUUGAGACAGCGGAUAAGAAGAGUACAGGGCUUAUGAAGGAGUUUCUGAAAUUGUCUACUAAGGGAAAACUUGUAUUUGCACGUGAGAGUGGACAUUUUGUUCAGUUGACUGAGCCGGAAAUGGUUGUUGAUGGGGUGAAAUGGGUUCUAAAUGAAUCACAAAUUUCUUCCUAG